ACUCUUUACAACCGCAAUUACAAACACGUACCUUAAUUGAACUAGUGGAUCCAUCAUCUAACAUAUUCUCUACUCAAUUAAUCCGUUUUUUUCCCCUCACCCUUUAAUUAUCAGAUCAAUAGGUUUAUAAUCUCAAACCCAGCAAAGUUAAACUGUUGAAGAUACAAGAACACUAUACCACCCACAGCAGGCAUUAGCAUUCAAUCAUCUUCACCAUUGCCAAUCAAUCCUCCACUUUUCAGACUGCACAGAUAGAAAUAUUUCCCUGGGUACCAAUUUAAUCAAACACUUUGUACAACUAUGGAAUUAGACACCGACGUACCAAUGGAAGAUGUCGAAGACUUAAAACAAGUAUCUACCAGUGCCACCUCAUCUAGUACAUCCGGUAAACAACCAACAGGAAUAACAAGCAUAGGCGGGGAUGCCAGUGUAUCGGAUGCUGCAGCAGCCGCUAAAAAGGCCGACCUCAAUGUAUCAUCAGUAAAUCAAUUGGACCAAUGGAUUGACAAAUUAUCUCAAUGUGAACCACUUGCUGAAGCCGACGUCAAGAAACUUUGUGAUAUGGCCAUUGAAGUGUUGCAAUUCGAAGAAAAUGUCCAACCAGUACAAGUCCCAGUUACUAUAUGUGGGGAUGUCCAUGGUCAAUUCCACGACUUGAUGGAGUUGUUCAAGAUUGGUGGUCCUUGCCCUGACACUAAUUACUUAUUUAUGGGGGAUUAUGUUGAUCGUGGUUACUAUUCGGUGGAAACUGUAUCAUACUUGGUAUGUAUGAAGGUGAGAUAUCCAAAUAGAAUCACUAUAUUGAGAGGUAAUCAUGAAUCAAGACAAAUCACUCAAGUUUAUGGGUUUUACGAUGAAUGUUUAAGAAAAUACGGAUCUGCAAAUGUCUGGAAAUUAUUUACAGAUUUAUUUGAUUACUUCCCUAUAACUGCAUUAGUUGACAAUAAGGUCUUUUGUUUACAUGGUGGGUUAUCGCCAAUGAUCGAAACCAUUGAUCAAGUCCGAGAAUUAAAUAGAAUCCAAGAAGUUCCUCAUGAAGGUCCAAUGUGUGAUUUGUUAUGGUCGGAUCCUGAUGAUAGAGGUGGAUGGGGGAUUUCUCCAAGAGGUGCCGGUUUCACUUUUGGUCAAGAUAUCUCAGAACAAUUUAACCACACCAAUGAUUUGAGUCUUAUUGCUCGUGCCCAUCAAUUGGUCAUGGAAGGGUUUAGUUGGUCACAUCAAGAAUCAGUGGUUACCAUAUUCUCAGCUCCUAAUUAUUGUUAUAGAUGUGGUAAUCAAGCAGCAAUCAUGGAAGUUGACGAACAACAUAAUAGACAAUUCUUACAAUAUGAUCCUAGUCAAAGACCGGGCGAACCUACUGUUACUCGGAAAACUCCCGAUUAUUUCUUAUGAUCUCAUGUGUGCCUACAUACCUACUGCAAUUCACUCAUUUUUACUGCUUUAUGUUUUAUUUGAAAUCCUUCAUUUUAUUAUUGCCCAUUAUACUAUAAAUUAAUUGUUGGAAAUGUUGAAUUAUUAUUGUUAACGGUUAUUUCUGUGUCUUUUUUUUAUUAUUAUAUAUAUAUAUAUAUAC